AAAAGAGAUUUCAACUUCCGGAAAGAAUUGUGUUUCUCGUCGGUAAAUAAUUCACCUUCCUGGUUUGAAGGCUACCCUGCCAGGAGGAAAUUCAAGUAUACCAUCUGAAGCAGAAUACAUCGACUGUGAGUGGAUCAUCAGGCAGUCUCCCUAUGUCAGGCCGAAACGGGUCUGCCAGUGAUGCAGACUGCCGGAUCUCUGAGGACUGCCAGGUCCCAGAUGUUGAGCUGAUGGAGCUGGGGCCAUUGUUGGAAGAGGGAGGGGCGCGGCAGGGAGUAUCCAAAAGUGUCCAUCCUGAGGGAGCCGCAAUGCUUGCUGAUGAGGAAGAGGAGGAUGAUGAGGUGGGUGAGGUUCUGACCUUACCGCUACAGGCUCACCAUGCUAUGGAGAAGAUGGAGGAGUUUGUACAUAAGGUCUGGGAGGGGCGCUGGAGAGUAAUCCCUUUUCAUGUCCUGCCAGAGUGGCUGAAGGACAAUGAUUACCUCCUGCACGGACAUCGACCACCCAUGCCAUCCUUCCGGGCCUGUUUCGGAAGCAUCUUCAGAAUUCACACUGAAACAGGAAACAUCUGGACUCACCUGUUAGGGCUGAUCUUAUUCCUGUGUCUGGGCACAUUAACCAUGCUGCGGCCCAACAUGUAUUUUAUGGCCCCACUGCAAGAGAAGGUUGUGUUUGGGAUGUUCUUCCUGGGUGCUGUGCUUUGCCUCAGCUUCUCCUGGCUUUUUCAUACGGUCUACUGCCACUCUGAGAAAGUGUCUCGCACAUUCUCCAAGCUUGACUACUCGGGGAUCGCCCUCCUAAUCAUGGGCUCCUUCGUGCCCUGGCUGUACUACUCAUUCUAUUGUUCCCCUCAGCCUCGCCUUAUCUACCUCACCAUUGUAUGUAUCCUCGGCAUUGCCGCCAUCAUUGUCGCCCAGUGGGACCGAUUCUCUACACCUCGUCACAGACCUACAAGAGCAGGCGUCUUCAUGGGUCUCGGACUAAGUGGCAUUGUUCCCACCAUGCACUUCACCAUUGAGGAGGGCUUUGUUAAGGCAACCACAGUCGGCCAGAUGGGUUGGUUCUACCUGAUGGGGGCCAUGUAUAUCACUGGCGCUGGUCUGUACGCAGCCAGGAUCCCUGAACGCUUUUUCCCUGGCAAGUGCGACAUCUGGUUCCAUUCUCAUCAGAUUUUUCAUGUUCUGGUCGUGGCAGCAGCGUUCAUCCAUUUCUAUGGCGUUUCCAACCUGCAGGAGUUCCGAUACGGCCUCGAGGGAGGAUGCACAGAUGACUCUCUGCUCUGAGAGGCUUGACUGUGACUUAAACUUUUCUCUAUAGCCCCCUCUUUCUCUCUCUCACACACACACACACAAACACAAAAUGCUGCUGGAAUUCAAAACGGUCACUUAUUCCUCCUUCUAUACUUCUGAUGUUUUUUAACAUCUUGUUUGGGUUUUUUGUGAUCUUUCUGCUUUGGCUCCUUUUUGCUUCAAUAAAGUAGCAUUAACUAGCCAAUGUACCAUGGUGGAAACAGGCGCUACUUGUUAAUAAAAUUGUUAUUAAGCUUAAAAUCUGCAUUUUCAGCUAAGAUAAAGGUGGGAUUUUAGCCCAAAAAAAGUCAUGUAUUCCUGAAACUGCAGCUUACUAGUACCCCAGCCACUUUGUCAUUUGUCACCAAUUUGUGCUGUAGAAAAAGGCACAUACUGUAAACCAUUCCUUUCCUAUUUUCCAUGGAAGCUAGUAGAUGAAUGUGCUGUCCAGCAAGAGUUUGGUGUAGAGCAACUGAAGACAGCUUAGCUGGUUGGGAGCAUCUAGUUUUCGGCAUGGUUGUCAGCACUUGUUUUUUGUUUUUGUUUGUCUGUUUUGGUGUGUGUACCGGCACAUAUUCAUUUAUCUGUUACAUAAGCCCACUCAGCAAUAAACCACAAGUUUAUCUGAAA